AUGGAUUGGAAUUCAGUAAAUUUACCACAUUUGUAUAACACGAUCGAGCAAGGCCCUAAGGAUGGCGUUCAGGUGAACCCAUUGUAUGACGAAUCUUAUGCAACACAGAACGGAAAUGGGAGCUCGCCAUCUUUAGACACUGAAGCAUCAUAUAAUGAAUCCCGAGUACCAUUAUCUGAAAACCGCCCUUCAACUGCACUGACUUCCUACCAUGGUCUCUAUCGCCCAGCGAGAUUGGAUUGGCAUCGGAUAGGUCAGCCUUUGGUCAGAGAUUUCGCCAACGAUACAUGGUUGAAAACUCGCCGCGUACUUGCUGCCUGCGAUUCCGAAGACGACUUGCAGAAUGAUAACUCUAGAUUCACACAAGCAAUCUCAAUGACAACAACCCCCUCAAAAUCUGACGGCAUGACUUACACAAUCUCGGAAUCUGACUAUCCACCCCCAUCACAAACACCGAGCAACAUAAUCUUCACCCCCUUCAUGUCUCCCCAAAAAUCAAGCCAGGGGCAACACGUCUACAUGGUCCUUCAUGACGCAGUCCCCGUCGCAGCAGAAUCCCUCGCAACAACUAGUGUCACCGGAGUGUAUACCACACUCGAAGAAGCAAACGGAUUCGUAGAACGGGUUGCGGAGGAGACGUGUAGGGAUGUUCCGGAGGAACACAUGAAGAUGGCUAUAGAAGACGGAGCGUUUGGUUUUGAUAUUUUGGAUGUGAAAAGGCAUGUUCUGCAUAGAGUUUAUAUUGAGAAGCAGACGGUGAGGGGAGAGUGGAGUGAGAAAACCAAAAUUGAGGAGACAGGGGUGAUGAGGGAACAGGUAGAGGAUAUGGGAAUCUUCGAUGGAUUUGCGAAAAUGUCAUUGUGA